AUGGAUUCAGCAAGAAAUACUACCAACAAUAGGGCAGAGUACGAGGCAUUGAUAAUCGAGUUGGAAAUCCUGAUGGAGUUGGGGGCAACUGAAGUUGAAGUGUUUGAUGAUUCAGAGUUGGUGAUUAAUCAGUUGAAUGGAGACAACAAGUGCAGACAUAUCAUAAUGGCAGGUUAUUAUUUGGUAGCCACUCUAUUGUUGAGUUAUUGGGGUAUUGAAGUAUCAAUUAAUCAUGUUCCCAGAGAAGCAAAUUUAAUUGCCAAUGAGAUGGCACAGUUGGCCUCUAGAGCACAGAUUCAGGAAAGAAAGUUCGAAGUGAAUGUGGAGAUACCAAGAAGAAAUCUACUUUCUAUCUUUGAGAGAGGGUUCAGCCUAGAUAGAAUGACCAAGGCUGAGAUAGAAAACUGGAGAUCACUCAUCACUCAGUACUUGAAAGACCCUUCUUCUCCUACAAAUAAAAAGAUCAGGCAUCAAGCAACUAAGUUUGUGAUGUAG